GUAAAUCUCAAAAUGUGGGCACCCGAUGUUCAAAAUAUAUCCACAACCGAUUUGCAAGAACCAUUAAGCACUACACCAAUUCUCUCCAACCAACGAGUUUGUAACUCUCAUCCCGAUGUUCAAAAUAUAUCCACAACCGAUUUGCAAGAACCAUUAAGUACUACGGCAAUGUUUUCCAACCAGCAAGUUUGUUCUUCUCCUUCUGAAACUCAAAAUAUAGCUGCAACCGAUUCGCAAGAACCAUUAAGCACUGCACUUAUUUUUUCCAAUCAAAAAGUUCGCAACUCUUCUUCUGAAGCUAGUAGUACUUCAAAUUUCUCUAAUCGGCAUAAUGGUCAAACAAUUAUCUUAGAACCAGAAUCUGAAUCAAUUAAAGAGUUACAUAAGGAGCAAUCCCCAAGCCGGGCAAAUGCAUUUUUAGAAGACGAUGAAUACAAUUAUUCAACAAAGCAACCAUUUACUCCAAAUGCAACAGUAUUCGAGAUAGCAACAUUCGUUGCAGAUCAUCCUGUAAUGGCCAAUAUGAUACAUCAAAGUAAACAAAAAAGAUGGGAUACGUCUGAAGAGUUUUCACUCAGAGAUCCAUCAUUACCAAAUCAAGAACCACGAUCAAUCAAGGAAUCGACUUUAGAGUCGAGACUCCGUAUAUGGCUUGAGGAAUUGAAAUGUUUAUUUCUUCGAACUCGGAACCCAUCACAAGCAGCAUUCGACCAAUUGGUAUCUGCAGUAUUACCAAGUUCUAAACUUGCAGAUGAUGAUUUUCAGCAACUUCUCGAAAAAUCCAAGGCAACGUUUAGUGAUUUUCGUCAUGCUUUUAAUAAAGACCUUAAGAAUAUCGCUCUCGAGUAUCUUAACAAUUUUAGCAAUUGCAAUGAGGAUGUUUUGGAUGAAAACAAUUUAAACAGAUUUGUUGAUUACAAUGUUACAAAAAAGAUUCUGCAAAGGUAUCUUGCAAGUACAAGGGAAUCAGAAUUUGCAGAAAUAACUCGGGAUAUAUUGAAAAAAUUCGUCCAAGCAGCUUUUAAGUUACAUGUUAUUCACACUCACAAAGAAAUCCAACGCGAGUUCAGUUCCUAUAAAAAAGUUCUAGAAGACAUCAAACAUAUGAAUUCAAUUACGUUAUCACUUGAUAUUCCAACACGUGGAAAGUCGGAUAUAUUAAGAACAU